UUCUAAACGCGUAGUCUCAUUAGUUUAUCUCUCCGACAAUUACUAAGAUUACACUAAAAAAACUUUGACAAAUCAAAUCACUGUCGGCACACACACAAAAAAGAGAAAAAAUAAUAAUCAAGAACCAAGAACCAAAAAACUCCUUCAAAUUCAAUCUCUCCCUUAUUAGAUCUGCAAAAAGAACUAAUCUUUAACACCCCUUUUACUUGUAGAUCCAAAAAUCUUUUAAGUUUUGUUUACAUUUUCACAAAAAACAAGAAAAAAAAAUGGAUUCUUCAGAGCAACGUCGUAAGAGGAAAAGGAUUUUCAGACCAUCUUCUCCUGUUUAUUUCUUAUCUGUAAGGUCUUUUGUUUUAUGUUUUAGUUUCUUGAUUUUUCUUUUCCUUCUUUCUUAUCGGAUUCCUUUUAGUUCCUCUGUUUUUCGACCUGUUUUAGUUGUUUCAAGCUUAUCUUUACUGUCCUCUUCUUCUGACUUAUCUUUUACCACUCAAUCAUUUCAAGAUUUUGGUAGUUCCUUAUUGCAUUUACAAAUUGAGGGUCGUGUUCUUUUUCCUGAUCAUGUUUUGUUGUUGGUGAACAAGAAUGAUUUUUUACUUGGUAAAAAUACAGACUUUGAGUGUGUUUAUGGUAGAAAUACAAGUGGUGAUGUUGGUAUUGUAAAGGAGAAAUCUUUUUCAGUGGAUGUUUAUGGUGAAUCUGAAUUUGGGAUUCUUGUUAGAUGCCCACUUCCUCCAGCUAAUUAUUCAGCUGUGGUGAAUUUGAGGAGAAAUGGGCUAUGGAAGGAGAGUAAUCAGACAGUCAAUUCUUGGGAAAAUGUGGCUUAUGCUGCUACUUUGGAUGGUAAUACAGUAGUUGUGUUUGUGAAGGGAUUAAAUUUAAGGCCUGAUAGAGAAUCCGAUUCAAGUCAGUUUAGUUGUCAUUUUGGUUUGGGAAAUUUCGCAAAAGAGGGAAGAUUUGCACUUAGAACAAAGGCUAUUACUGCUGCUCAAGAGGUUGUUAGAUGUUCAUUGCCAUUGAGUAUUAGGAAGAACCCUGAGAAAGCUCGAGGUAUACGAAUAACCAUCGGUAUGUUGCCUCAUAUUCAUGCUAAAGCUCAUGAACAUGUGCUUUUGCCUUCAGUAGCCAAGAUUACUGAAUUGAAAUCUGAGGGAAGGAGGAAUGUUGGAGGUGGGAAGUAUGAUCUUUGUGUGUGUACAAUGGUGUGGAAUCAAGCUUCAGCGCUUCGCGAAUGGAUCACGUAUCAUUCUUGGCUUGGAGUUGAAAGGUGGUUUAUUUAUGACAAUAACAGUGAUGACAAUAUCAAAGAUGUGAUUGAAAAGCUUGAGACAGAGAAUUACAAUGUCACACGACAUGUUUGGCCGUGGAUCAAGACUCAAGAAGCAGGUUUUUCGCAUUGUGCUCUUAGAGCAAAGCAAGAAUGCAAUUGGGUAUCUUUCAUGGAUGUGGAUGAGUAUUUCUACUUUCCAUAUUCUACACCAGGGCAUCAAAGUUUGCGAAGCACAGGCUAUGCGGGACAGCACUCCCUUCGAUCCCUCGUGGCAAAUUUAUCAUCAUCAUCACCAAGAAUUGCAGAGAUCAGAACAACUUGUCAUAGUUUUGGACCGUCUGGUCUGAAUUCAGCUCCUUCUCAGGGUAUCACUGUUGGAUAUACUUGUCGUCUUAAGAGCCCUGAGAGACACAAAUCAAUCAUACGCUCCGAUGCUUUGGACACCACUCUCCUCAAUGUGGUGCAUCAUUUCCACUUGAGGAAAGGAUUUAGAUACAUGAAUUUGCCACAAAGCACUGCAGUGAUAAACCACUACAAAUACCAAGUGUGGGAGGUUUUCAGGGCGAAAUUUUUCAGACGAGUUGCUACAUAUGUUGCUGAUUGGCAGAAUAAUCAAAAUGAAGGAUCAAGGGAUAGAGCACCUGGUCUAGGGACAGAGGCCAUUGAGCCACCAAAUUGGCCAUUACAAUUCUGUGAAGUUUGGGAUACCGGCCUUCGAGACUUUGUUUUGUCAAACUUUGCUGAUUUAUCAACUGGUUUGUUGCCUUGGGAGAAGUCUUCUUUCUAAUCACUGUACCCAUUGUUUUUACUUGGCUUAUUGCCUUAUUUGGAGUAGCGUAUUCCUCCUAAUGACCGCCAUAGGGAAAGGAAGUCUUGAAGCUAGGGCUUUGUUCACCUUUGGACACGAAACACCACACCGUUGUCAGUGGAAACCCGCCUUAGAGAUUGAACAACAAUAAGAUAAGUCGACGUUUAAUCAAAGCUAGGGAGCUUGAAAAAAAGGCACGAACCCAAUCUCAGGGAAAUAGUGAAGCUUCUUAGGGUCUUUCUGUCCAGGUACAGAUAGUCGCCUUUGUAGAGAAGAUGAUCACUAUAAGAUUCAAUUCUUUCUUCAUUCCGUCGCGCUAUUGAAUCUGAUUUUCUUUAGCUUUUGUAGACAAGAUAUUUACACAAUAGCUUAGAAUAUAGGAAUUUUUUCUUUCUUUUUUGAAUAUAUCUGUAAUCAUUCUACAGUGUAACAUGAUAUUUUUCAUUAAAUGGGAUCUCCUCAGUCAAUUCUUUUAUCA